CCUGGCAGAACACUGUUUUGUUUGGGUCGACCACCAUCUUCGGUUAGGUAAACAGGCAUAGGCUAUUUCGCAGCUUGUAGAAGCGCCAGCAGGUUUGAUAUUUAACUACAGCAAACAGAAUCUCUUGAAAACGGGGUGCCAAGCGAUUUUGAUCCCUUCGUUACUCAGCCCUUGGAGACAUGGAGGCGCACGCUCUGUUUCUCUGUCUGAUCCUGGCCGUAUGUAGUUCGGCUUUCAGUGUCGAUGACGGCCCAAACGCACCGUUGAUCGGGGCUCCGGGAGCCAUGGUGCGUUUGUCUGAGUCGGACCCUGGUGUUGUGAAAGCGAUUCAAUUCGCCGAGGAGCGUUACAACAUGGGCUCUAAUGGCAUGCAUAUCCGCAGAGUCAGUCGCGUGAUAUCAGCCACCAAACAGUUGGUGAAGGGGAUUAGGUACAGUAUCACCGUGGAGAUUGGGAACACGCAGUGCAAGAAGACGGCUGAACUCAGUGUGUCUGCCGUGUGUGAGUUUGUUCCAGAGCCCCACAAACUGAAGACAGAGGUGUGUCUUUUUGAGGUCUGGGACAUCCCCUGGCAGAGUAAAUACACACUGCUCAAACAGAAGUGCCAGCUUUCAGCCCCACAGGAGCCCAGAAAGGUCGUGUCUGUGCCCCUCUCUGUGAACCAGCCCUCUCAGGAGUCUGUGGAGCUGCUGACUCAGUUUAAAGACUUCAUGGAGAAAUACAACCGCUCUUACAGCGGUCAAGAGGAGGCUGAGAGGCGUGUGCGUAUUUUCCAGGAGAACAUGAAGACUGUGCAGGUCCUGCAGUCCCUGGAGCAGGGGUCAGCCGAGUAUGGGGUUACCAAGUUCAGUGACCUCACAGAGGAUGAGUUUAGGGCGACAUAUCUGAAUCCUCUCCUGAGUCAGUGGUCUCUACAGCGCCCUCUAAAGCCUGCUGCACGCGCUAGCAACCCCCCACCAGCGAGCUGGGACUGGAGAGAGCAUGGAGCAGUCAGCGAUGUUAAGAACCAGGGGAUGUGUGGCUCCUGCUGGGCCUUCUCUGUCACAGGGAACAUUGAGGGCCAGUGGUUCCUGAAGAAUGGCAAACUCAUGUCCCUUUCUGAACAAGAGCUGGUGGACUGUGAUGGGGUGGACCAGGCUUGUAGGGGUGGGCUUCCAUCCAAUGCCUAUGCAGCCAUUGAGAACCUGGGCGGCCUGGAGACCGAGACAGACUACAGCUACACGGGGAAAAAGCAGAGUUGUGACUUCUCCACUGGGAAGGUGGCUGCUUACAUCAACAGCUCUGUGGAACUGCCCAAAGAUGAGAACGAGAUCGCUGGAUGGUUGGCAGAGAAUGGCCCUGUGUCUGCAGCCCUCAAUGCCUUUGCCAUGCAGUUCUACAAGAAAGGCGUAUCACACCCCAUGAAGAUCUUCUGUAACCCAUGGAUGAUUGACCACGCCGUCCUGCUGGUUGGAUUCGGAGAACGUAAGGGAGUCCCGUUCUGGGCCAUCAAGAACAGCUGGGGGAUGGACUACGGAGAACAGGGUUACUACUACCUGUACAGAGGAAAAGAUGCGUGCGGCAUCAACACUAUGUGUUCCUCUGCGGUGGUGAAUUAGAUGAGCAGAAAUGGCGUUGGGUGGCGCUGUCAGACCUCUAUGUCUCCACCCAAUAAACCACAAACCAUUAAAAUCACAUUACUACAGUAUUCAUCAGGCCCUACCUCUAGUCUCAUUCCACCUGGGUUCUCACCUGAAGACUCACCUAGGUUCUCACCUGAAGACUCACCUGGGUUCUCACCUGAAGACUCACCUGGGUUGUCACCUGGGUUCUUACCUGAUGACUCUUCUGGGACGGGAUGUCCUCUGCUGAUUUUCACAGGUCCCAAUUCACCUGACCUGCUCUUUCACACUAAGGUUACAAAUGUGUAAGUUAGCAGGACCUUCCAUCCAUUACCACGUUAACAAACCUGCUGUCAUUUUGUCUGCUGAUGUUGUGAAUAGUUAAACCUAAGUUUCAUAUGUGUUUGCAGUUUGAUUUUAAAGUUGCGUUUUGAUUUGGAGUUUGCAUUUAAUUUAAUUGUUAUAUCCCUGUAAUAAAUAGUUGUUUGAAAUGCUUUUUUUUCCUGUAGAAAAAGACUGCUGUGAUAUGGUGGUGGUAUGCAUCUACCAAAUUUUAAAAGGGGAUUUUCUGUAACAAACUCUUGUCUGUUGUUAUGUGUUCUGCUGAAACCUUGAGGCAUUGUAAGGGACCGUUUUACAGAUACUCGGUUCUUAAGCUGUAGUGAAGUAUUUACUUAGUCAGUUUCGUCGUGUACAAAUGCACAUAUAAAUCAUUCCGUUAUUUGAAUAACUUUGAACCAGCAAGUACAAAUACACAUACACACACACACAUCCUAACUUUAAACACUACUCGUGAGAUAUACCUUGACCUUGAGUUGGACAGGGAGUUAGAUAUAUGUCCGUUACUGAAAACUGAAUUGAAUGCUUUUUGCUCAGUUUGUACAUCAUCUCCUGUAGCAUUGGGUCUGAAAACUAAUAAAACUUGGCUUCUGUC